AUUAUUUUUUAUUUCUUUGUUUCCUAGUCGGGCGGGGGGAGAAAAAAAGGAGGGAGAAAGAAAACGGGGACGGGGGGAAAAGGCGAGCCCCCCCAAAACCAUACUCGGAGACCCGCUGAGACUCCCUCCGGCGGGUCCCUCGGGCAGGCUUGGAUGUUGUCGCUGUGACCCGGGCGGGGCAGGAGCGGAGAAGGAGGCGGCGGCGGCGGGGGGCAGCGGCGGCGGCAGCAGCAGCAGGCGCCACCACCACCGCCGGGCCAGGCCGGGUUGGGUCUCGCCGGGCCGGACGGGAGGAUGAAGCGCCGGAGCGCCGACUGCAGCAAACUCCGGCGGCCGCUGAAGCGGAACCGCAUCACUGAGGGCAUCUACGGCAGUACGUUUCUGUACCUGAAAUUCCUGGUAGUUUGGGCCCUUGUGCUGCUGGCUGAUUUUGUUUUGGAAUUCAGAUUUGAAUAUCUGUGGCCAUUCUGGCUUUUCAUCAGGAGUGUUUAUGAUUCCUUCAGAUACCAGGGAUUGGCCUUUUCAGUAUUUUUCGUCUGUGUAGCAUUUACAUCAAAUAUCAUAUGUCUGCUCUUCAUACCAAUACAGUGGUUGUUUUUUGCUGCCAGCACCUAUGUUUGGGUACAGUAUGUCUGGCACACAGAGAGGGGAGUGUGCUUACCAACAGUAUCGCUGUGGAUACUAUUUGUUUAUAUUGAAGCAGCAAUUAGAUUUAAGGAUCUCAAAAACUUUCAUGUAGACCUUUGUCGACCUUUCGCUGCACACUGUAUUGGCUAUCCUGUUGUGACUCUGGGCUUCGGCUUCAAAAGUUAUGUCAGCUAUAAAAUGCGAUUAAGAAAACAAAAGGAAGUGCAGAAAGAGAACGAAUUUUACAUGCAGCUUCUUCAGCAAGCUUUGCCCCCAGAACAACAGAUGCUACAAAGGCAAGAGAGAGAAGCAGAGGAAGCAGCCAAAGGAUUGUCUGAUAUGGAUUCCUCUAUACUUUUGCAACACAAUGGAGGCAUUCCAGCCAAUAAAAAGUUAUCUUCAACAUUACCGGAACUUGAAUAUAGAGAAAAAGGAAAAGAAAAAGAUAAGGAUGCCAAAAAACAUAACCUUGGAAUAAAUAACAAUAUUUUGCAACCUGUAGACUCUAAAAUACAAGAAAUUGAAUAUAUGGAGAACCAUAUCAACAGUAAAAGAUUGAAUAAUGAUCUUGUGGGAAGUACAGAAAACCUCUUAAAAGAGGACUCAUGCACUGCAUCAUCCAAAAAUUACAAAAAUGCUAGUGGAGUUGUGAACUCCUCACCUCGCAGCCACAGUGCAACUAAUGGGAGCAUCCCUUCUGCAUCAGCUAAAAAUGAUAAAAAACAGAAAUGCACUAGCAAAAGCCCUAGUACGCAUAAAGACUUAAUGGAAAAUUGUAUUCCCAAUAACCAGCUAAGCAAACCAGAUGCACUGGUAAGGCUGGAACAAGAUAUUAAGAAGUUAAAGGCCGACCUGCAGGCAAGCAGACAGAUUGAACAAGAGCUGCGCAGUCAGAUUGGUUCUCUGACCAGCACAGAGCGAGGGAUUCGGUCUGAAAUUGGACAGCUCCGACAAGAAAACGAGCUGCUUCAGAAUAAACUACAUAAUGCUGUGCAAAUGAAACAAAAAGAUAAGCAGACCAUUGGCCAAUUGGAGAAAAAGCUCAAAGCAGAGCAAGAGGCACGGACCUUUGUAGAAAAGCAGUUGAUGGAAGAAAAGAAAAGGAAGAAGUUGGAAGAAGCAACUGCUGCACGGGCUGUUGCGUUUGCUGCUGCUACCAGAGGGGAAUGUACUGAAACUUUACGAAAUCGCAUCAGAGACCUGGAGACAGAGUGCAAGAAGUUAACGAUUGACAUAAAGCUGAAAGAAGAUCAGAUACGAGAUCUAGAAAUGAAAGUGCAGGAACUGCGGAAGUACAAAGAGAACGAAAAGGAUACAGAGGUGUUAAUGUCAGCACUUUCAGCCAUGCAGGAUAAGACACAGCACUUAGAGAAUAGCUUGAGUGCGGAGACGAGGAUCAAGUUGGACCUGUUCUCUGCAUUAGGAGAUGCAAAAAGACAGCUAGAGAUAGCUCAAGGGCAAAUAAUUCAAAAGGAUCAGGAGAUCAAGGACCUAAAACAGAAGAUAGCAGAAGUCAUGGCAGUCAUGCCCAGCAUAACAUACACUGCGGCCACCAGCACACUGAGUCCUGUUUCCCCACAUUACUCUUCCAAAUUUGUGGAGACCAGCCCUUCUGGACUUGAUCCCAAUGCCUCAGUUUAUCAACCCCUGAAGAAGUAAAGGCCCGCUUCCAGUUUGUCACACGGAAGGCAUCACACAGAAAAAUAUCUUGCAGUCAAGAUGAAAUUUGUAUUGUGUGAGACUGUAUUGAUUUAUUGUUUAAAAUAAAAAAAUAAAAAAGAGGGAAGUGGGGGGGAAAGAACCUGAACAUCAAGGUUUGGCUAGAACUGCCCAUCAGUUUUUUCUUGUAAAUUUUUAGAAAACCUCACAGAACUUUAUACAGUUUCUUUCUUGGCCAAUGCAUUAAGGGAAAAAGAACCCAUGACUCUUGGUUUUCACAUAGCAAAUUCUGCCUCUCUUUUUCCCCAAAAAAAGAACACCUCUUGCAACGUUUCCUCUUGAAAGGAUAAAUUAACACAGAGCUCCGCUUGAUACAAACCCUUUCUUCCCAUUUAAAACAAAAAACAAAACAUAAUGAAGCCAAAAUUACAAAUUAAGAGUUCAAAGGAAUAAUGAUGGAAGUUCCUUAGGGUUUUGGUUUUUUUGAGGGCAAAAGGGUUUAAGUGCUCAAGUGAAGCUUUUGAUGAUGUUAGUGGAUUGUGGGGCAGAGGGACAGGGAAGUGCAUGUGCAAGAAAACUAUUAGCUUACCCCUCUAAGGACCAAACCAUAUUUAAGGGGGCAUCAGUUUUAAGGGAGGGCAUAAGGAUUGGAGAAAGGGUGUAGACGAUAAUGUAACAUUGGUGGUUGUGUAAAGUGUUUCGUUUCCCAUCGUUGUACUUAGUCACUUGAGAACUGCUAACAGUCUUGUUCAACAGUGCCUUGGGAAAAAAAAAGAUAUUUCAAGAGGAAACUCGUUCAUUUAAACAAUUUUCUCCCCUUUCGCUAUCAUUUA